AGUUAGCAUAAUACACGUAAUUAAUGCACAUGUCAGCCGAUCAAUAUGGACAAUAACCGAAUUGUAAAUGCUGACCAAAGCCUUCCGGAUUAUGAGAUCGGCAGACGUGUAAAUCAAGAGAAUGGAUUUGCAACUUCGAAUAUAACAACUAAAAACGAAAGAAGGUACGAGCUACAGCAAAAAAUAGACCAAGAACUGCGAAAUCUCCAACUGGCAGAAGAAUGCGGUAAUAAUAUGGAAGAGGAAAAAACUACACCCGAAUUUCCCAACAAUGACACAGAGACACUAAAAGCUAAUGGACCCAUCGUUGAGUCAGAGACAAGCAUUGACACUCAGUUGGAUAAUAACAAAUUAGACUCGUCUAUCGAUGCGGUAGCGAACCAUGACGAUAUUUCGGAGCAAUCACUCUCCCAAGACGCCUUUCAAGCAGAUGCGCAAGUCGAAAUCGAUACUGUGCAAGCAAGCGUACCCCAAGAGAAAAAGACGAUAUCUAACUUAGUUUCGACUGAGGCUGACGGGACUGCCGUUAAAACUGGACAGGAACCUGAUAUCUUAGUCGUGGGAGAACCGUCACGUGGAGUUACGCAAUCGUCUAGCGCGGAAUUGGAUUACGUCGGACAUUCGUCAAACAUGACGUCACCUACAACGACUACUGGGACUUACACCCUGCCUCCACUUUCUCCUGGAACGGAAGAAGAUCUUGCUGAUGAGAUUUUGCCAGACGAUCAAUAUUCUUUCCGAGAUCAGCUUGAUCGCGUUACAUCAUCAUCGUCAACACAAGAUCCCAAUGUCAGCGAAAUAUCUUCAGACGUUUUUCUUGGACAACAAGGGCAAUAUGCUGAUAUAGAAAUUGUUGAUAACGAAAAUCAAGCAAAUACGCAGCCUGUUCUUGACCCUACUCUAGAUAUACCAACCUCGCCAGAAGAGGAGAAAGAUGGAGAAGUAACCAAUAGCGGAAUUCCAGAAGAAGUACAGGAUACCAAAUCAGUAGAGGAAGUUUCCACAAAUGAAAUGGUGCACCAAGGGGAUCAAGCUACCGAAGACGAAUCAAAAUUAUUACGCGAAGAGCCGGUCCCCGAUAAUGGCAAUAUUAAUUUAGAUUUACAAGUCGUCUCAUCUGAAGUACUUGUUCAAGGUAAUUGUGAAUGCCAAUCGUCGAGCACCACAGACGAUAUUAAACCCAAGAGUGAAAUUGACACAAUACAAAACACAGAGCCUGUUGCCACCAAUGAAAUUGAAGUGCGUACCAGUGAAAUUAUUGAACAGACGGAGGAUAUGCCGGGCGUUCAGUCAACUAAUACAGAAGAUAUGAAACAGCAAGAAGACUAUGUUGAAACUAUUGUGAGUGGUGAAGAUACUGAACAAGAAAUCACCGAUUCACACGAGGAAAUUGCUGAUAGAAAAAUCAGUACAGACGAGGAUGAGUAUUCUGGUUACGAUAUCGACAUUUGCGAGUCUGCUUCUUAUCAAGGUGACGUCAGCAUUGCUGAAGAAAACCUGCCAGAAGACGAUAUCGUUCUUGGAGAACAUCAAGUCAUAGAAGCGUGUGACAGUGAAAACGUUCCUAUUUUUGCUGAUGUUAAGUAUUCAGUUGGUGAUCAAAUCACUUCAUCUGAACCAACAACAAGCAUAGAAAACAUUAGCGAUAGUCUGACAGAUGAAAAUAUGAAGAACGAACACCCCGAAAUUGUACCAUGGGGAAGUGAUGGUGUUCUGCAAUCCACUGAAGUUGAAAAUCAUGACAAGAGCGGUGAAUCUUUUGCGUCUGAUAAAGCAGAUACAGCAAGCUCGGGGAGCAAAGAAACCAUGUCUUCUGAUCUCGAAUUUACAUACGAUGUCGAGGCUUCCGAUAAAAUUGCUGAAGAAACUGUUUCAACAGCGAUCAAAGCGGCUUAUGAAAUUGCUAGUAAAAUGCCUGAGGAUGAAAACGUCACGACUUCGGUCGACGAUGUGACCGAAGACACUCGCUCAGUAACGCCUUCCCAGUUGUCAGAAACUACAAAGCCCGAAAAUCAGAGUGCGGAAAAUUUCGCCCCCGUUAACACUGCCGGUGAUAUCUCGGAGAAUGUUCAGAAAAUCGGUGAAUCUAAUUUAGAAAUCGAGGGUGAAAAAUCAGACCUCAGUUCACCUCAUGAAAACGUCCAAACGAGAGAAAAUGACGUAACGAAUAACGCAGAGCUGAACGAAAAAACUACUGAAAUUGAAGUCAAAACUUCAGAACCCGUUGCAGUGAGCGCAAUCGAGACAGACGCAGUCGUGAACACUCAGUCAAUCGAUUCGGAGCGUGAGAAUUUGGAAUUACCACAAGUUAAUAAAGAGACGCAUGACGAAGUGGUUAUUGGCGCUUCACCGGAAAAAGAUAUUGAAUAUACGAAAGUAGGUAACACCGAAUUGGAGGACCGUGUAACUGUCGAUGAAAUACUGGAAUCUGACAAUCAGGAAUCUAAGGAACUAACUACUCAAUUAGCUGAUGAGGUGAACCACAGCGCGGAAGAAGAUAAAAUGGUUAAAGUUAACGAGUCAGAAAUGUCGAAAAAUCCACUCGAAAAGAUAACCUACAACCCAGCACUUAGUCAACGUAAUACAGAAGCAACGAAAUGGUUCGGACAAUCGACUUCCGAAGAUAAAAUUUGGAUGAAACCGUCCGGGAAAGUUGACCAAAACGCAGAACAAGAACGGAGAAGAUUAAUUAAGUCAAUGACGAGAAAGCACAAUCCUCAUUUAAUUCCGAAAUGGCAACCACCAGUAGAAAAGGAUCCCACUGAAGAUCUGGACGAACGCCAGAAAUCUAGUCUAAAGAAAUAUGAAGAACGUCGACGUUCUCGAACAGAUUCUUCAAUAAACAACGAAACAUAUGUGAAACCACAGUCUAUUCCACCCGUCAUCAAUGAAACGGAAACGAAAUCACCUCCGCCAUUGAGAGAAAACAUCGUAAUUGAAUCGGUUGUCCAUAGCAAAGAUGCGAUAGGAUUUUGGGAAAGUAGAUUGAAUGAAAAACAACAAAAAGAAGAUUUGGAACGAAAGAGGCUCAAAGUUGGCAAAGAAAAAUAUCAACGAACAAGAGCGGCAUCUGAUGUCUCGCGACAACGAAGUGAUUCUACUUCGAGUACAACUUCUAACCAAAGCGUAACAUUGCCCCCGUCAGAGAAUAUUCAACGAGAAUCGAUGAAAAUUUCAGAAGUACGAAAUAGAUGGAAAAAUAUCGAAAAGGAAAGUGGGAAAACAGAGCCGACUACGCACAUCAAAAAAGAUUUGAGCAAACGAUCGAAGUUUUCUGUUAACGCGAAUAUCACUUACAGAUCAUUUCAAAGUCCAGUCCCAGCGUUAGCGAAAGAGCAGCCACCAAGACCAGUUGUCAACAAACCGCUCACUAUCCCAGACUAUACGCAAUCGGCUUCACACAAAAACGAGAGUUUUAUCGAUCGAGAGAUAAGAGAAGCGGCGGAGAGAGAGGAAAAAUGGAAACACGAGCAAUGGGAGAAAAUGUCAGAGAUCUCAGUAGCGUCAUCAGAAGAUGUGUUUUCGGAAAGCUCGAUUCCCCCAAUGGGAAAUAACGAUCCCAACGUGGUUACCACCGUGUACACUGGCUCUCUUCCUACUGCAGACUUAAUAGGCCAGGAUAUUAAAAAGGAUUCAGAUCGCGAAGAAUCGUGGAAGACACAACACAACAGCACGCCGAACAAAAAUGGCACAGGAAAACUUGAAUUCGCACCCCAAGGAAAUGUAAGCAAAGCCAACAGUAUAUCUAAUACUUCGCCAAGUACUGGUAUCGCCAGUCCCGAAUCGCUGUCAAGUUACGGAAGCUCUAUGACCAGCAGCUUUCUACCCUCUCCGCCGCCUCUUGCGUCCAUAGCUCAAGACAAAGUUAUUCGAGACUUUGGCUCAAAAUCACCAUCUGAAGACGAACGUCAAGUGUUUGAAUCGAAGAAUCUUUCUUCUGUACAAGGGAAAACCAUUGGCGUUGGAUCGGAGCAGGAACGGGAAGAAGACAUGCAAGCUCGUCGCCAAAGAAUUAAAUCUCUCACGAGUGCUGUAGCCCCUAGAGGUUGGGAACCAAACAAAGGCCGUUCUGCUGGACCUGUCUCUCCGGUCAGCCCGGUUCAUCGUAGUGUUCCCAGACCCGAGGUAAAACGUCAUCAGACAUCAACGUCAACAGUCUCACCCGUCAAAAGCCUUACAACAUUGAAUUCAGUCGUCGAAGUACCUGCAAUUGAAGUUACAAACACUACCUUCCUCAACACAGCCCCUUCUGCAUUUGAUGACGUUACUGACAGCAAAGAAACGUCUGUUAUACAUGAAAUCAAAGCCGAGCCAUCGAAAAAAGCUGAACAAGUAAUUCCACCCAAAUUAACGGUAGAGGCCUCACCCGUAAAAAAUUCUUACACAAAUGAAACGGUUACAAAUACCGCCAGUGAACUACCAACUAAAUUUGAGUCAGAAAAUCAAUUUGAAGCAAAAAAUCAAGAAGAAAAGCAAUCAAAAGCUGACUACAAUUCACCCAUUGUUGACUCUCAUGAAGAACAUGGCAACGAAAUGAAAUCCGUUUUGGAAACCAAUCACGUGGAACAUAUUGAAAAAUCCACACCGAAGAAAAAUCAUGAAGUACCGAAUGUCAUAUCUAAUGAACCCCAUGUCCAAAAAUAUGAAAUCAAUCAAAAGGAAAAAAUAUCAGGACCUGUUGUCAAUGCAAAUCUCCAGUCGGCGAAGACGGAAGCUCCGCAACCCCAUUACAAUCAACAAGCAGCAAAAUCGCCAGAGAUUGUAACUGAAGUACAUAAAGAUGAGAAACAGAAAUCUUUGCAUAAGGGAGGGCCUGUUUCAAUCCCUAAAAAAGGCGGUCCUGUAUUCAAUAAGAAGUCCGGGCCUAUCAUAUCAUCUAGCAAAUCUCGCUUGGAGGCUGUAAUGGAAAAAGAGAUGCAGGAAGCAGCGGCAAGAGAAGAAGAAUGGCGUAGAAAACAAAUGGAGUUAGUGAAUCAAUCGUCCAAUCCUGCCAACCAACAUAUUGUACAUUCUUCUCGUGAGAUUAGGACACCUGUGACGUCUACACCUCCUCCUCCAGUAAAUGCCGGAAUGCCAUCAUCAUCAAUGGUAAAUCUGAGGCCAAAGGAGGUCAAAAGCCUAUUUGCUGAUGACGAAGAAGAAAAAGUCAAACCAGUAAUUCAAAACAAUGCAUCGGAUGAAGUCAAGAAACGAUCGGUUGUCAAGGCUGUGAGAGUUCCAAAACGAAAAAGCACUCUAGCAAUGAGAUGGGAAGAAGGAAACUUUCAAAAUAAUCAUCACGAAGAUGAAAACUGAAAAGACAGAUACUAAAGACAUCGUGGCGCCCUCGCCUGAAAAGAUGCCAGACAUCGACCAAAAGCCACCCAUAUGACCCUACAGUAACAUAUGAAACGAAUAAUAUAACAGUAAUUUGAAAUUAUGACUCGACAAUCACGUGAUCAUUUUAAUUAUUUGAUAAUGCAUGUCUGAUAUCCAAUAAAGUCAUUGUCAUCCCUCAGUAAUGCCACAUUGGGGGGAUAUGUGUGAAAUAAUCUGUGCAUCAUGAUAAAGAUUUACGGUUUUUUGUUUUAUUACUCCAUGAACACCCAUCUUGGGCUUUAAUUUUAAAUAAGUUUUAUAUUCAUUUUAAACUAUUAGACUUAAAUAUGAUGCCUAGUGUUGAAAUCCAUCGUGAAAGGUUGUUUCCCCUCGGGAUGGAAUAGGGAGUUCUACUGCGAGAGAAAGCAGCAAAUAGGCGUCAUUUUAUACAUGUUUGAUAUUUAUGUCGCCAACUUGGAUUCGUGUAGUGUAAAUAGUCGUUACUGUUUUUUGUUUUCUAUUUUAAUGCACAAACAUCAUCCUAGUAAACUCAUUUUCUUGUUGGUACAAGUGAUGUUUCGAUUAUUGUCAUGCAAUCUGACUUCUUUAACUUAUUCAGUGGAAACGUAUUCGAAAUCGGAAGUUAAAGAUUCGUAUAACUUGGACUUCUGAAAUUUUGCUUUCUAAAGAAUUUUUAUCUUGGCUAUGACAAACGGUUUAACAGAUUUAUUAGGUCGAUUUGGAUUUUUACUGAAAGUUCUCUCAAGUACAGUUAAUUUAACAGAAUGAAUCCAAUAAAACGAGCCUAAGCUUUUCAGAACAUUCAGCUGGGGGGGGGGGAUCAAUCUAUUUUUAAGAAGACUUGAAAUACAGUAUCUUUUCAGUAUUGUUAUAUACACAUAAAAAGAAUCGGCAACCGAUAUCUUGAAGCAAUUUAGCUAGGAUCAUGUCACAGUAUUCCAGCAGUCUUGCACAAUGUUCAUGCAUCCUUCUUUGCAGUAUUUCUUUUUAUUACUUAUCAUUAUGUACCAACAUACAUAUCUAUCUGUAUUUUACCUUUAUCAUUUUUGAAUGCAUUUUAACUAUAUUGAAAAUUCACAUGAUAUUCAUCCACACAUGAUUCACAUCCAAAUUACAAUUUUUUUCCACUCAAGGUGACUAGCCACAAAAAGACUCGAGAUUUAGGCACUAAAAUCGAUAUUUUUGCUUGGUGAAUUACUGCGUUGUACGCAUGUCUCAAUAUUUAAUCAUUGUUUCAGCUUUAAAUAUAUUUGCAUUUUCAGAUUGUUUGCAGUAUUAUAUCAAUUCAUUAGUAUUAGUUGAUAUAUGCCAAGUCAUCCGCUUAUGUCAUUUUCAGUGAUAGUUAGCCCCUUUCCUUGUCAUUGAUUUCAGGGUAAAAUAAAAUUUAUUUUUUACAUCCUGAACAUAUCGAUUCAAACUAUUAGGCUACUAAUUAAUCAAUGCCAGUAAAAUCCAACUUCACUGCAACGAAAUAUGAAGAGUUUGUAAAAAAUUUACACCACACGACAACAGAAGACGUAUCCUACGUCUACGCCAUAUUCAAAUUUGCAUCUUUCUGUAUCCUACCUUUGACUUCCCGUUAUUCAUCAGCAAUAGUGAGCUUCAAGUCAGUCUAGGUUUACCAAAUUAUCUCAAGUCGCAAGACGUCUAGAUUCACGUGCUAAUAAAAAUUGUUAUAGAAUUUGGUUACUUGACUUUGACCGUAGUAGUAUAUAUUUACGCUUUGACAAAUAAAAACGACAUAAUACUUUU